GAUGAACUUACGUCCUUGCUUUUCUCGGCCAUGGAAUUCCGCUCCGUGCUUUUAGCCUUCCAGAGCCAAAGAACCCACAGACAACAGAUGCCCCUGCACAGCGUAUAGCAGUAACUCCCCAGCUCGGUUUCUGUGCCGUAGUUUACAGUAUUUAAUUUUAUAUAAUAUAUUAUUAUUUAUUACAGUAUUUUGAUACCUCAUCUUCUGUUUACACAUAUUAACAGCCGCGCAGUAAUUCUCGUAUUAAAACCACUACUUCCGAGAAUGGCAUCUACCGUGGCCACCACACUCAUUACCAGUACUAUUGCUGCUGCCUCUGCCGCUUCUGGUCCGUUGGUGGACUACCUAUGGAUGCUUACACUGGGCUUCAUUAUUGCGUUCGUCUUGGCUUUUUCUGUGGGAGCCAAUGAUGUAGCAAAUUCGUUUGGUACAGCUGUGGGCUCAGGUGUAGUGACGCUGAAGCAAGCCUGCAUCCUAGCUAGCAUCUUUGAAACCGUGGGCUCUGUCUUACUGGGAGCCAAAGUGAGUGAAACGAUCCGGAAGGGCCUGAUUGAUGUGGAGAUGUACAGCUCGACCCAACAGUUACUGAUGGCUGGCUCAGUCAGUGCAAUGUUUGGUUCUGCUGUGUGGCAACUAGUGGCUUCGUUUUUGAAGCUUCCCAUUUCUGGUACCCAUUGUAUUGUUGGUGCGACCAUUGGUUUCUCCCUCGUUGCGAGUCAGGAGGGUGUCAAGUGGUCUGAACUUAUAAAAAUUGUGAUGUCUUGGUUUGUUUCUCCACUGCUUUCUGGUGUUAUGUCUGGAAUCUUAUUCUUCCUUGUCCGUGCAUUCAUCCUGCGUAAGGCAGAUCCAGUUCCUAAUGGUUUGAGAGCUUUGCCAGUUUUCUAUGCCUGCACAGUUGGAAUAAACCUCUUUUCCAUCAUGUAUACUGGAGCACCUUUGCUGGGCUUUGACAAACUUCCUCUGUGGGGUACCAUCCUCAUCUCGGUGGGAUGUGCAGUUUUCUGUGCCCUUAUCGUCUGGUUCUUUGUAUGUCCCAGGAUGAAGAGAAAAAUUGAACGAGAAAUAAAGUCUAGUCCUUCUGAAAGUCCCUUGAUGGAAAAAAAGAACAGCUUGAAAGAAGACCAUGAAGAAACAAAAUUGUCUCUUGAUGUUGAAAGUAGGAGUCCUGUUUCUGAUGUAGGGUCUGCCACUGUUCCCCUCCGAGCUGUGGUGGAAGAGAGGACAGUUUCAUUCAAGCUUGGAGACUUGGAGGAAGCUCCAGAACGAGAGAGGCUUCCCAGUGUGGAUCUGAAACAGGAAACUAGCAUAGACAGUGCCAUGAAUGGUGCAGUGCAGUUGCCUAAUGGGAACCUUGUUCAGUUCAAUCAAGCAGUCAGCAACCAGAUAAACUCCAGUGGUCACUAUCAGUAUCACACCGUGCAUAAAGAUUCUGGCUUGUACAAAGAGCUCCUUCAUAAAUUACAUCUUGCCAAGGUGGGAGACUGCAUGGGAGAUUCUGGUGACAAACCCUUGAGACGCAAUAAUAGCUAUACAUCCUAUACUAUGGCAAUUUGUGGCAUGCCUCUGGACUCAUUCCGUGCCAAAGAAGGUGAACAGAAAGGUGAAGAAAUGGAGAAACUGACAUGGGCUAAUGCAGACACCAAGAAGCGAAUUCGCAUGGAUAGUUACACCAGUUACUGCAAUGCUGUGUCUGAUAUUCACUCUGUGUCUGAGAUAGACAUGAGUGUCAAGGGAGAGAUGGGUCUAGGUGACAGAAAAGGAAGUAGUGGCUCUCUAGAUGAAGAGUGGUAUGACCAGGAUAAACCAGAAGUGUCUCUCCUCUUCCAAUUCCUGCAGAUCCUCACGGCCUGCUUCGGGUCAUUUGCUCAUGGUGGCAAUGACGUCAGCAAUGCCAUUGGUCCUCUGGUUGCUUUGUAUCUGGUUUACAAUACAGGAGAUGUUUCUUCAAAAGUAGCAACACCAAUAUGGCUGCUACUCUAUGGUGGUGUUGGAAUCUGUAUUGGCCUAUGGGUCUGGGGAAGGAGAGUUAUCCAGACCAUGGGAAAAGAUCUGACACCAAUCACCCCCUCUAGUGGCUUCAGUAUUGAAUUGGCAUCUGCCCUCACUGUGGUAAUUGCAUCAAAUAUUGGCCUUCCCAUCAGUACAACACAUUGUAAAGUGGGCUCUGUUGUAUCCGUUGGCUGGCUCCGAUCUAAGAAGGCUGUUGACUGGCGACUGUUCCGCAACAUUUUCAUGGCCUGGUUUGUCACAGUCCCCAUCUCCGGAGUGAUUAGUGCUGCUAUCAUGGCAGUCUUCAAAUAUGUCAUCCUCAGAGUGUGAAGCUGUUGGGAUUAAGAUUUGUGUCAGUGUUUGGGGCCACUUUACACAUUCCUGCUCCCUUAAAGAAUGGCUGCAGUGUUAUAGAAGACUGACUAGUCUUUAAAGCUUGGGAGCUGUGGGAGGGAAGUGUUACUUGUGCUAUAAUUGCUUUUGUGCUAAAUAUGACUUGUCUCAAAAUUAGCUAUGUAAAAUAGCCAGGUUUCCACUGGUUCCUAUUGAAGUCCCAUUUCCUUCUGGGCUGUGAAUUCCUGUACAUAUUUCUCUACAUUUUGUAUCAGGCUUCAAUUCCAUUAUGUUUUAAUGUUUAAAAAAAAAGAAAAAUCGUAAGUUAUCUUCAGAGACAACAACCAUUCAGAGCCAUUUGAGAGUGUGUGCUCUGUCUGCUUUAUUGAUUUCACCAGCUUCUGCCCUAACAUGCACAGGGAUUUAACAACACAAAAUUAAACUGAAGCUCCCCUUGUAGUCUCUUAGAGAAAUUGAGUCAUUUGUACUCUGUCCUCCUGUCAAAGUAGUGGCAGGUUCUAUUGGCAUAUGUGGGAGCGUCUUAGAGGGAUAAAGUUCUUUGGACACAAUAAAAAUUGUAGUAAUAACGUCUCUGCAAUCAAUUUAUCGACUUAUUGCUAAGAAAUAGGAAGACAAAGCUUUCUGGAAAUCUUGGUUAUUUCUUUAAAAUUUAUGGCAGUGUGGGAUGGAUGAAUGAAGUGGAAUAUGAAUUUGGACAAGUUAAAUGGAACAGCUUUCCAUGUUCAUCUGUCUACCUCUUAACUGAAUAAAAAAGCCUACAAUUUUUAGAAAA